AGUGUUUGGAGUUUGGGUAUAACAAGAACGCGGAGGGUCUGACUGCGGUGUCCAACUUUAAGGGCCACCAAAACACGCUCCGGCCCGAGAAACUAUAAUGAAAUACCCUUCAAAGUCUGCUCGGAAGACGUAGGAGUUGACGUUGAAGUGACUUUUUGAAACUGGAGCUGCUUCCUCGUUCGACUACGAGCUGAAAUAUCGCAACAUCCUCACAAAGAAACUUUGCUUGCUAAGCUGCUAACUCGCUCACAAGCCCGAUUAUUUAAAAAAAAAGUGUGAUAAACGCCGAGAACGUGACUGUAAACUCUUAUUAACGUCUUAUUUGUCGAGGUGUGUCUCGCUGGUAGUUGAAUUUACUUGGAAAUGGCGUCUGUGUGACUGAAGACUGAAGUUUGUAACGGUUUUUUGAGUAGUCAUCAUCAGCAGAAGAGGAAGAGUUGCAGCUGGUAACUUAGCUAACCACCAGAGCGCCCCCACAUCUCCACCGCUGCUAACCCCCGGUCAGACAGCAGCUAAGUGGACCCGGGUUUUCUUUCUCUAGACAUGUCUGGAAGAAGUGGACACCCCAGGCCUAUUGCUGUGGGUCCGCAGCCCCUCAAGGCUACUGUCCCCUAUCAGCUGUCCAGCAAACCCAGACAGAACCGGAGGGAUGGGAAGUCAGCUGGAAAGGCCAAAUCACAAAAGCCGAGCUCAGGCAUGAGGCGGACGUUGUCUCUCGAUGCCAUCGUCGGGCCGUACCUGCAGGGACACUGGCCGAAAGAACCAGAAGGCCAGAGCAGUCUGUCUCGCAAGGACAAGUCCACCCAGACCCCAGACUCGUGGUCUGACAAAUCUCCGAGCAGAAGAGGUAGCAGCAGCAGCCACAGACGUUCAGCAUCAUGGGGCAGUGCUGAGCAUCUGCGAGAGAUUGCUAAACUAAAACAACAACUGCAGCAGUGCAGCAAACCUGCAGUCGGGGGACAUGACAAAGACCGCCCGCGUGGAUAUCCUCAAGCGAGCUGUAGCUUAGGAACCACUCAGACUCAGCCCAUUCCCAUCCCCCUCGCUCCCCUGUCUACACUGGUCCCUCGCCUGCGCUGCAGUGUGGAGGGCCUCAACCAGGAGCUGGAAGGCAUGUUCAUCAGCCAGACACCACACCCACAGCAAAGGCUCCACGAGGUUCCAGACGGACACCGGGCUCCAGUCCCUCUACAGAGCUGCAGCAGUGGAUCUCAGAUCGGCCCGGCCACCACACCCCUGUCCUCAUCCUCCACCUCCUCCUCACCCUGCUCCUCCCCCAGUUACAUCUGCACUUCCCAGUCCAGCUCAGCAGACGCUCCUCUGGACCUACACCAAGGGUUAACAGACAGUGCAGAGUUGUGCCUCCUGUCCCCGUUGUCCUCCCAAAAUGAGGCCGAGCUCUCGCUGCCUCUGCACAUCUCCUCCUCACCAGGACCAAACAAAAGUUGCUGCUUCCAGAGAGAACCUCCAGAAGGCUGUGAGAGGGUUCGCGCUUCGGAGGAGAUGAGCACUCCACACAAACCCAAAGCAGCCCUCAUCUCCUCCUGCCCAGACCCCAACAAGGUAAACUUCACCCCCCAUGGGGGCUCAGCCUUUUGCCCCGUCAGCCUCCUCAAGCCUCUGCUCCCCUCGAUGGACCUGUUGUUUCGCAGCCUCGCCGUUUCUCCAGCAGGCGGCGGCUCAAACCAAGGAACAGACUCCUGCCUGGCAACAUCCUCUGGCAACCAGGCCGCACCUCCAGAUGCUGCUGAAACCUCCACUACGAAAGGAGAAAGCUCUUGAGAGCUGCAGGUCUUUUCUGUGGAGAUGAUUAUCAUACAGAUAUUUCAAUAAUCUGGGACAGAUGUGUUGCUUUUUUUUAAGGAAAGUCUCAUUCCUUUUCUCCAUAGGCAUAAAUUAACUUUGGGAAAAAGAAUGAGUAUCAUACACAAUCCAAAAGACAUUCCUUUAUAAGCUACUUGUUUUGGGUUUGCAAGAGUUGUGACAUUUCUUAACAAAAUGGCCUUUUUGGUUUUAUCAUUUUAUUUUCCAAAGACACAUUUUUGGCCAAAACUGAGUGAGAGAAAGGGGACUGCUCACUUAUUCCCGUCUUACCUCUGUCUCAGAUGUGAUUAGUUGAAUGACUGACGGCUCACUUGCUGCACAGAUUUCUUUCCGUUUCCCCAAAGAAGCCAUGUAUGUUCAAAAUUUUAGGAGUCUGGGUCAAGUAAGGAAACCCCCUCUUGGAUAAGUUUGUUUGUUUUUAAGUAUUCAAAGAUAUUUCUCUGCAACUCACUUUUUUUUUUUUUAUUUAAACCUAACUCAACCUUGCACCUGUUGCUAGUGUACAGAGCACGACAAAUCAGUUGGGUACUUUAUAUUUACCCGAGUAAAAACAAAAAAACCGCAAUGAAAUCACAUUUUUGAUUAUUGUAGACUGAAGGGAAUUUUGUUGAAGUUGGGUCGCAUCAGUGCCUGACGGCUUCAGCUCAUUUAUUCCUGCUUUAAAAAUCCGUUGCUUCUGUUGUCAUCUUGUUUACUUGCGAAAAAAUUGACCUUGCAUACGCGUCGAUGGCUAAAGACCUGUUAUUCCUCGAUGUUCUAGAUGUGUGCUUGAUAGUAUGUUUAUAGUUUUGAGGUUUCACGGCCUAGUUGACUACCUAACCAGUUUUAGUGGUGUAGAAGACGUUCCUUUUUGUUCUGCCAAGCUGACAAGUCGAUGAUCACACAGUUUUAUUUCUGGUAGACAUGUUUGCACAAAUGGAACUGCAACUUUUGAGUCGCAAUUCUUAUUUUUAUAUUCACUUUUUGUACUUCGGUGUAAAUUUGAGAGUAGUAGCGUGUAUUUUCUACAUCUUUUUCAAUUACCUGCAACAUAAGCUAAAAACCCCUGUUACUUCUAAUUUUGUUCUGUCGGUAUAAUUGAGGCAGGUGUUGCAUGAGAUAUUGUAUCGGGUGGAUUUUUAUGCACUUCCAGGAGAGGAUUUUAUGUGGAGAAAGAGGAGUUUUUUGUUUUUUUUUUCUUCCAUGCGUUAGUCCUGGGUUUAUGACAGUUUUGUUUGUAUGUGUGCACGUGGAUGGAAAGGUGACUGGUCUGAUUUUUUUAUUAUUUUUUUUUUGACUAAUUUCUCCUCGUUUUAGCAUCACGGUGAAGUGCUGAUAGAUUGGAGCAUUGUCUUUUUUUCCCAAAUAAUCCUCUGGCAAUGUUUCCUGGGUCACUGUGGAUGCUGGGGAUGUGCUGUUAUCUCAGGUUCUGUGUUCUGUUCUCAUAAAUAUAUGAUGAGAAACUGU